AUGUCUACUUCUUUCCGUGAUAAGGCCUUCCAGGGUCUUCAGGACGGCUUCAAAGACCCGAUUGACUUCAUUGAAGACAUUGAGACGGCGGAAAGGGACUAUGCCCGUGAAAUAUCCACCCCGAGAAGCGGAAAGAAUCAUGGAGAAGCAGCAGCGAAGAGAGGGAAGAGAAAGGAGCAAUAG